CAACCAGGUGUUGUGUGAUUCAAAGCGGGAAACGGAAGUUUUCAUUUCGUAAACCUCAUCCAGAGCAAGUUUGAAAUCGUCGAACCGACUCAUACAAAAAAGUGCAAACAGCGGUUAUUGUUACCAUGGCUAUUCCCUUUUCUCCCCAGUCAUUUUUAUUUUUUAGCUGGCUCUAAAUCCGUUUUUAUCAGGCUCACGUUACAUAUUGACAUGGUUCGCAUUGAGUCAUGACUCAGGAGACACCUCGGGGACCAGAGACCUUUACUUGACAGAGACCUUUACAGCGAGGUUUUCUUGACAGAGACCCACUGAGACCUCUACAGAGAGUACACGAGGGACGCGAACCGACAACCUCCCGGAUUCAUGUGAACCUUUUGAUAGCCGAGGUUUCAUGUUACCUGGCAUAUCGCGGUAGGACGGAGGCGAUGUUCAUCCAGAUGACAGUCACCUUCAUGUUAAAAGGUAGCACUGAGCCAUGCCAGGCCAGCAGCAUGUCUGUGCCAAACCGUUGUCUGGGAGAGUGUUUUAUCUGGACCUGCCGUCAAACCGGAGAGCCCAGGCCCUGGAGAACGACAUCACACUGCUUGGAGGGACGGUUGAGAAGUUCUUCAGUAAGGAAAUAAGGUACCUGGUGUCCAACAAGAGGGAGGCCAAGUAUGUGGAGCGCCUUAGACGUGAGCUCGCUGUCCCCAGCCCCGAUUCGGGACCGAGUUCCCCUUUCCCCCGCCAGACGGUCCACCAGCCCGCCGGAGGCCAGAAGGCUCGUCUCAAAUGUGGAUCUCAGGGUCAAGUUGAUUCUGUGGCUAAGAGUCGCGGGAAAUCUCUGGUGGAGAGAGUGGUUAAAGAGCAGGAGAGGAUACAAAUUAAUAAGACCCUAUCAGAUGCUCUGGAGUGGGGCGUGAAGGUCCUUUACAUUGAUGAUGUUAUCACAUAUGUGGAAAAGAGGAAGAAACUGAUUAUUCCCAGCCAACCUGUUACUAGUGCUGUCAAAAAAAGGACUAAACCUGAAUCCAAACCUAGACCAGGCUUUCCAAAAUCCCAAGCCCAACGGAUCAAUACACCCUUCAUAAAGGUUGAGGACACAAGCAGACACUAUCGGCCAAUCUAUGCUGCCAUGUCUAAAAUGCCUGAGAUCAACAUGGCAAUUGCUCCUCCUUGCACUCCAUUCUGUGGUGAUAAAAAGGAUCAACAUAAAAAUGGACACAGUGAGGAGUGGGGUCAUGGCAGAGCCAAGAAGAAUCGAGCCAAGAAGCAGGUGGGCUUCUGUGAGUGCUGCAUGCUCCAGUACGACAACCUCAUCAAGCAUGUCCAGAGUGAGAGUCAUCGUGCCUUUUCCAAAGGAAAUGAGUACUCGGUCCUGGACCGAUUAGUCUCCACCAUGCAUUGUGACUUGGCUCUCUUCAAACCUAAAAACAAGAGACCAAAGUGCAGCGUCUCCUCCACCGUGGUUGUCCAAGGACCAUAUUGGGCAGCGCUACACAAGCCCCCAGAUGCUUCCGCAACAGAGAGAAGGUGGAAGCCCUACAACCUUUCAACAGCUGCUGGUGGCAGAGAAGCCUCUCAUAGACCGGUUAUGGAACCCAUUCCUGGUUCUGUAAAGGCAUUAAGCGGUGGAGAGAGCACCUUGAGGAACCUUGAUGGGAGUUCGGCCCAACCUCUACCCCGUCACACAUCUCAAACUUGUAGGGCAGACUCUGUUAGAGGCCAGACUGCUGCUCAGUCGCUCCCGACUCCUACCCCUCAGGUAGAACUGGCUCCCCCUAGAGGCAGCUCUCCUGCUGUGGACUCUGCCAGACUCUCCCGGCUCAGUCGGACCAGGGCCAGGGCAUUGCCACAGUAUCAUAAAGAAUUCUCUCAAAGUGGAUGUUCCUCAAGGACAUUCCCUCAUUCGCAUUCUCUCCAGAAAACGGUGUGCGAGAGCAUCCUCGGUUCUCCAUCAGAGCGUCCUGAGGAAGAACCACUCUCUCAGGAGCAGGGGAAAAAGACUUGUAUCCCAGAGAGUCGGGGGAUUGACCUCCCCGAUCAAAGACCCUCUACAGUAAGAACAAUACAGAGGAAGGUCAAAGUUCAAAAACGGAAAAGGCGGAGAGUGGACAUGGGUUCGGGGUGUCGUUACCAGGCCAGCUCAGCAUGUGCUGUACCAGAUGAGCCCUUACUCGGCCAGCUGUUUCAGUCCAGCGACUCCGUGCACCUUGACUUUCUAGGGUUUGAUGAUGGAGGAAGGGAAGUCUUUACACCAUAGCGUUUGAAACGCAGUUAAAAAAAAUACAAUUGUUUUUAUCUGUGGAAGAACUGUAUGUCAACUGUGAAACAAGGGUUAGUGUGGCCGAUCUCAAAUCGGUGUCAACUGUGACUCACUGCCAUUGCAUAGACAUGACAUAGUUGACUGUCUGGGAAAGAUUCAAGCAUACUAAAGGCAAUUAAAAUUGAUAUUUUUUGUGGCUAUUUUAUAA